AUGGAAGCUGAAGAUAAAGAUGAUUGGUGUGCCCUCUACAAUUUGAAAGUUCCAGGAGACGCUGUUAUGCUCAUAAUGUCCAGAAAUUUUCGAAAGAUGAUCGUGGUGGAAAUUGGAAAAGGUUCGGAACUCGUUCAGAUGAAGUUGGAAAUCAAGAUGAAGUCUUGCGAAUUUGCAGAAAGAAUAAGAGCAUUGGGACUCGUUAGGGACAUGAUCAAUCGGGCUGCUUCUGAUUCUGCUACAGAUCAGUUUCAUUGGUACUUCAUGUUGGAAGCAGGAAGGAGAUUGGAAUUGAAAUCGAUCAUCAGGAACAAGUCCCGCAUUAUUGUUGUGCUAACAAGCUCAAGAAACAAACAUGCUUUGAAGCAGGUUCUUGGUGCUUCAAACGUCAUGAACAUGAUAAAGAGACUACAGCAGCGCAAGAGGUUGCACAGGAAGAGUUUCGGGAAUGACAUCACCGAUCUUUUCAGGAAUGCUGAUACACCGACAAGGAAUAAGUUUACCCAUUUAGCAGAAUCAGUGAAGGAUUCAGAAGGCACUGCUCAUAUAUUCUCACUGAUGCACAUUUCAGGAGAGCAAUUGGCCGAGUAUUCUCAUGCCGUCCUUGGAUUUCCUCUGCCAUACGAUGACGAUGUUGAGGAGUAA